AUGUGGACUCUCUGGUCCUUGGCCAUCACGGUGGCUUUCUACAUGGGUGUGUUGGCCCAGCUGGAAACACCUCCAGUGAUAGGCAGCCUUCCUGUCGAUCUACCCGCUGUGCCCAAUCUUGCAGCCCACGGCAGUCCCUCGACCCAGCAAAGCGCUCCCCCAAAACCUUCAGCUGGGUUCACCAAAGGCAGGUGUGCACCUGCAGCCAAGUACUUUCUGUCUAGCAGCAAAAUUGAUGACUAUCUGCAGGCUGUCCUGCCCCCACAAAUCGAGGCUUUGGUGAAAUGUGCUGAUCUCGACUUAGCUGGCUUGCUCGGGACCCUUUUGUCUACUUUGGGAAACGCUGACCUGCUAUCAACAUUAGAUGUCACUUCCCUCCUAGAUUUGGGAGGUGGCCUUGGCGUUAGCAGCCUCCUAGGCCAAGGAGGUGAUAGUGAAUCUUCCGGUCUUCCAUUGCUGUCCCAGGCCACCAGUGCAGUGGAUGACACAAUACCGAAAAGUAAGAAAGCAGUGAGCAGCCUCCUCGGUGGAAACAAGAGUCCUCUUGGAGGAGCCAUCGAGGACAUCAGUCUUCCCAGCCUCCAGGAGCCCUUGGGUGAUGUGACUGAAAAAGUUGAUGCCAUCAAAGAAACCACCCAGGAUGCAAUCAAAGGUGCCCUGCCACCCGAUAUCAGCAGUAUGCUCUCAGGUGUGGACAUAAGUGAACUUCUGCUGGGCUUGGAGGUCCAAGGAGUAACUGUGGACAACAUGGAAUCAUCUAUGAUGGGCAACACAAUCCAAGUCCAUGCUGCAACCACUGCUACCAUAGGCGGGAAAGGCAUAGCUGGACCCGUGAUCAGCAUACUGGGAUUUAAAUUGAAUGUGGAUGUGACUUUGCACAUUGGUGUUUCCACAAACAACACCCAAUGCGUCAACCUCGAGAUCCAGGAAACAAAAAUGGAAAGCAAAAAAAUGAUUAUAGAGUUAGCAAAUAUGGCCACGGACACUCUGCCUGUGCCUCUGCCUCUGCCUAUGGAUAAUAUUAUCCCUAAAGUGUUGACAAUACAUUUGCAGGAGAAUUUGGAGAAAGCAGAGUCCUGUAAGAUUGUUCUCAGUGACUUCAGCGACUGCAAGAACUCCACUGGCACAUUCAAGUACCAAAUUAAGAAUGCCAAGAUUUCCCCCGAAGGUCUUUAUGUCCUCUACUGUGUUGAAGCUAUCUUGGGCAAAACCACAAAGCUUGUGCUUGGAAUUUCUCUGCCUCCAAAUCCUAAAGAUGCCAACAGUUCCCUAACAUUGUCCCGCACAUGGAUGAAGACACUGGUCGAUUAUACUGCCAAGGAGAGCUCAGUCAAAAAAGACGACCUGGUUGUAAAUAUCACCAAAGUAACCUAUGCCUUGCAGAAAAAUAAUACCAUUCAAGCCACUUACAGUGUUCAGAUACAAAAGAAUGGUGAGAGCUUUGCUAAAGGGAAAACGAAUGUAACCAUCACAUCUACAGGCAAGAUUUUCAAAAACAAACUGAAAGUAGACAUCAAAGUGACCAGAACUGAGCACCAUGUAGAGCCCUCAGAGGUGAAAGAAGAGGUUAUAGCUGUGAUGGAAGAACUUUUCAAGAUAUUCUUAGCUAAAAUUAACGAGCUAUUGAAUCAAGCCAACAUGCCAGAAACAGUGACCAUCGGCUCCCUAGAGGACACCAAUAUCAAGCUGAUGAAGACGAAUGAUCUUCAGGCAGCAAAGUGAACCCUGCACAUCUGAAGCCAGGCAAGGGUCCCUCAACAAAAGCAAAACCCUCUG